AUGGCCUCCUCCUCAUCGGCUGCGCACGGCCCGCAGCUGCUCAAGCCAGCCGACCGCCAGCGCAUCAACGCGCUGCCCACCCGCUCGCGAACGCAUAUCUUUGUCAAGUACCGCGACAGUUUGCGCUCGCACAAGACUGCGUCGCGCAGCCUCACGCUUUCGCAGACGCGCGACUUCCGGGCGCAGAAGAACCUGCUCUCCUCCCACAGCGACGAGAUUGACAGCGUCGAGGACGCGCGCUCGUACUGCGUGCCGCCGCAGUGGGUCGUGCUGGUGGAGGAGCUGAACCGCGAC